AUGGACGAAAACAAUGAUCAAAUCAUCGCAUCUCAUACAAUCAUCGAAGGAUUACCUUCAUCACGACAAACAAGCUAUUCAAAUAUAGAUUUGGAUGAUUUUACCGGUGAUGAUAUAGAUGAUGAUGACAUUGAUGAUGAUAGUUUUGUAUCCAUUGAUGAAGUUCAACAUAUUAUUCAAACAUUUGGUAGUAAUGAUUGUUCAACAACAUCUAUUGAUUAUUUUGAUUCACGCCGAUAUGAAAUUAUGUAUGAAAUUAUGAAUAUUGAAAGACAAUUUGAAGAAUUGAAAAAUAUUUUGUAUGAAGACAGUGUUUUAUUAAUUGACAGAAAAUUAAUAUCUAUACAGAAUGAAGAAGCACCUGAAUAUCAAAAUGAAUUAAAAAAACUUUAUGAUGAAAUGAAAAUAGAUUUAGAAAUAGCUAAGCAUAGACGUCUUAUUGAACUACAAGCUUUAGAAAAAUCGACAGAAUCAGAACUACUAAGUUUAGAUCAAACAUUAGAAAAUGAUAAGUUUCAUUUAUAUAUUAGUAUGCGUGAAGAUAUUGAAAAUAAAAUUCAUCAACUUGAAACCUUAAAAAUUAAAACACAAUUAUGUCAAAAUAUUUUACAAGAAGUAUUACCAUCCGAACAAGACGCACAACAAUUACAAGCAAUAUCAACGAGUAAAAAACGUUUUGACUAUUCAGAACCAAUUAAAAAAACAAUAAAAAAAAGACGCUUUAAUGGAGCAAAGAAAACAAUUGAGAGAGAUAAUUUAGCAAUUUUUUAUCAAUUGUCUGACAUCAAUAUUAUUGAAGAUUGGACAGUUAUACAAACAUCUUUACAACAAUCAUCAAACAUUUUAGAAGAAAGUGAUAAUAAUAAUGAUGAUAGUGAAAAAUCAGAUAACUGUGAUGAUAAUUUUAAUCAUAAUAACCGUUGA